AGUCCCCACCUCUGGGUGUGGAAGGGAGGAGACCUCGCCCCACUCAUUACAGGGAUGGGCACCACACAGGGUGAAUUCACCUGCACUCAAAGCAGGAAAUACAGAGUGAAGGCACCAGCCACCCCGCAGCGCCCCCGCACUGUGCCCGGGGAGCUGGCAGGAGCCCGGGGAACGGGUCAGGCAGAGCAGGGCUGUAAGAGGUGGACACGCAGCGGGACUGGAGCAAGGCCCCGUUGUGUCUCCCCCUCGGCUUGCUGCACACGCGUGUCACUGCUUUGCUCGUGGGUCAGGCUCAGCCCGGCCCGGCGUUCGGAACGUCCCCUGAACAGCUUUGGGAAUAUCCCGUCCCCAAAGGGGCCGCCGGCACCGUGCAGAGCUUCAAUGUUAGAAACACAGAAGGAGGGUGAUUCUGAUCUCAGCCCCCGGGGUCAAUCCAGAGUCACCCCUGACUGCAGGGGGGCAGGGCUGAAUUGACCCUGGAGAACUGAAGGAAUCAGAGACUGGAAAUCUUUCUGCCUCCUGUGACUCACCCCGGCUGUGAGCCACGGGGACGGGCUGCACCCCAGGGAUGGGUGGGGGGUGAAACGCUGGAGUGAGAGAUGGGCAGAGGAUUGAAUCAGACGGACGCGGUUUGUGUCACCCCCACUUACUUCCUGUUUGUUUGUGAAUCCAGAGGGGUCCUACCCCAAACCCUCCAUCUCUGUCAGCCCCGGUGGGUGUUAUGCUUAUAAGAAGCACACGGGAUCUUUUUCAGGGGAAAAGGCAAUACGCUGCAUUUAUUGAAGAUACAACAACUAGCAUAUACAUCUAAUCACACACACACGCACACACACACAUCGAUGUUAUAGUUACCAGUCCAGAGUCUGGAGCAAUCUAGUGGCCAGCUAGGUUGAUCAUGGGGAUGGAGGAGCCGGGUUCUCUUGGUCGCAACGCGAUGCUCUGGAGAAAUUUUGGCAGGACAAACUCAAAGUUUCAUGGCAAGGUACCUUGUUUAUUUUGUGUGUGUGGUUUUUUUUAAAUUGGGACUAAUGACUUUUGCACCGUGAUGCUGUAAUCAAUUGUUGGUUGACGAGUGCUUGUUUUUCAGGUUUUUUUAGGGAGUUACCCUGUGCUGGUUUUCAUUACAGCUAGUUUGUUUUUAUUGAUAGGUGCCUGUUUUAUUGUUAGUCGUUAAUUUGCCCUCUUCUGCGUGUUCUAAUUUUUGGGUGCCCUUGCGCUUGUUCUUGGUUCUUUUUUAGAACAUCUGGUUUGGUGACGGCCUUUAUAGUUAUUUUUGAACUCACACAUUUUUUAUUUACACACAAACCAGAACUGAUUUCCACAGAACAUUGGAACAGGAACAGGAAGCUGCAAUGCAAAAAAGAACAACAAUUACUGCUAAACCCACAACAAAAUGGUGACCCUAAAAAGUCUGUUACUGCCUUGAAAUCAGCUCAGAGACAGAUUCUGGCUGAUGGAUUUUUACCAGUGGCCCCUUAGGCUGUUCCGUUUUGCCUUUAGAAAGGGUGGCUGGCAGGAUAUGGUCAAAUAUUCACCAAUACAGUGAAUACGUGCUACAUUAUUAAUUUUUAUUUUAAAUUAUACAAAAUACAAACAUAAAAUUUUAUUACUACAUGGGGUGAUCCUCACGGGGGGAAAUGUCACCAUCUGGUGUCGGCAUCAGCGUCUGGGCAUGAGGAUCCUCCUUUACAAGGCUGGAGAUGGGAACUAUCUGACUUACACAGACCCUGCUGACUCUGAGGAUGAAUUUGCUGCCAUCGGUAUCACACUGGAAUAUUAUUAUAGCGACGGAUCAGGAGACAUUACCCGAUCGGAGCCCAGCGACCCUGUAACAGCCCCACCCCGAGAUGAUUCCUACACAGAAAUGAUCUGAAGCUGCUGGGAAAUUCCCAGGACAAGGCAGGACCUAGGGUUGGAGGAAGCUGGGAUGCGGGAUCUGGCCCCAGCUGGCUUCACAGGGGGCACCGGAACCAAGUGCAGCACCGGGUCUGACCCGCAACAUCAUCGCCAGGGUGAGCGCAGCAGCCGCCGGCCUCGUCCUCCUUCUCCUCGUGGCCUUCCUCUGCUACAGAAGGAAAGGACCAGCCCUGAGACAGAGCAGGGAGUCCAAGGCUACAUCCACAAUCUAAGCCCUCGUAGGCGAAGGGAAGCAGCGGGAUGUUCUGCCCCAGGAGCCCGACCCUGGUGCCGAGGGACUCACCUGUGCGGAGCUGGACGACCAGGCGCUGCAGGCCAAGGUGGGGGGCCCGGCCGGCCAGGAACCCGUCCUGUAUGCAACGAUCAAGUGAGCCGAGGGCCUGUUGGGCAGAGCCCGCGGGGUGCAGGGGGUACCCUCCCCUCACCCCCAUAAUGUGAACCCAGGGGGAGUCACCAGAGCGACAGGGAAGGGAGCAGCCACCAGGGGGUGACAGUGAUUUCCCCCCCCCCCCGGAGAACAGGCUCUGCUUAUAGACCCCCCCUGUACCUCCCCUGCAGCUGGUGCCACCCAACCCCACACGUAGGGGGCUGGGGGGGAGGGGGCUAAGCACUGGGUAGGGAGGGGACGGGCCAGGCCAAGGCAGCUGUUUGUUAUUUUGCAUCCUGUUAAUCUUCAGAUUUGUACUAAACACAGAACCACAAACCAUCCCCCUCCCCCAGGCACCCCGCAGCCCCCCAUCCCCACACCUGGAGUGUGUGUGACACCUGGGGGAGGUGCGAUCGCUCCUCUUAUUUCCUGGCAUGCCCCUAACCUGGCCGCCGGAUAUAACUGGGUAAGGGGCCCGCCUGGGACACAGGAGAAGUCGGGGAGCUGAAAUCUGUGACUCAAAAUCGGGGUGUAGGAAAUGAGGCUGCAUUCGUGGACAAAACAUUGCGGGGACCUGAAAGAAAGUGACUCACUUCACCAUCAUGGCUGCCACCCCCCCAUCUCUUGGGCCCCCCGGGCCAUCUGGACCCUGCUCCGCAGAGACGUCCUGAGCAGAGCGGUGGAGAGAGGGACCCCGACGCCAUCACCCCUCCUCCAGCUGAACCCCCCCACCCAGGAGGAAACGGGGUUGGACUUUAACAGGAGUCACGGUGACGCCGGCUCCAGUCCAGCUCCGCCGGCUCCUCUGCCCCCCACCCGACAGUCGCUGGUGUCUCCGGGGCCAGUGGGGAGUCGCCCAAACCCGGGGGAUUUUCCGGCUAGAGACUCACUCCAGCGAACGGGGCCGGGGCUGGAACAAACCCCUCGUUUCACAUGGCACCUGCCACAGCUCCACUGGUUCCCGGUCAUCUUAUAACUGGAGAAUUCUGCACCAAAAAUUUAUAAAACAAGUUAACAAUAUUUGAAAACUCUGCAUAUUUUAUUUGUCAAAAUAACACAAUAGAAUCCUGCCAGUUUCAAUUAUUUUGGUCCUUUAUUUCAAAAUAUCUGUCAGUGAGGGUGUCUGUAACAAUACAGAGCAAAAAA